CAGUCUUCUUUCUCCUCCCCUGCCACUUUCAUUGUACGCUGUCCCUCUGCCAACACUCGAGAUUACUCUCUAGGAACUACACACACACACACACACUCACGCUCUCUCUCUCACACACAGACACACACACACACACAUACAGACACACACUGCUUGCCCAGUUCUAGUUCUGACCCGCAGACUGCGGUCCGGACCACCAGAUGGACUAUCAGGACGGAAGGGCCAACGCUCCGAGAGACGGAUGUUUAUCUUACAUCAUCAUAAUCAUAAGCGGGAUGGCAUAGAGAUAUGGAGUGAGGACUCUUCUCCACCAGCGUGGGAGCCUUCUCGUCUGACAGAAGCAGCAUGCGGUCAACGGCGGCAACUCAACUCCACGAUAGACCACGUUCACGCGGUAGCAACUCAACUCCAUGAUAGGCCACAUGCACACGUCAGUCGCAGGAUGGAUUAAGGCGUAAGGCAGGGGUGUCUGACGUACCCAAGUGGACGGAUUGGCAUCCAGGCCGAGGGGUUGCCAUCCAGCUGAAGGGUUGGCAUCCAGGUUGCGGGUGAGUGGAUGUCCGCUGUCAUGCCUGCUGAGGAAGAGGAGGACGAGCAGCCAAUGUGGCAGUCGGUGGCACUGUUCUGCUGCAAGGGCAUAAUCGAGGGCAUCAUCGUGGUGCUCUUCCUCUGGCUCCUUGUACAGGUGCUCUUUACCAAAGAGCUGGAAGUUCACCUGCAGGUUCUCCUGGGGGCGGGGCUUGCUGUGUUCUGCCUCUCCCUGCUGCUGGGCUGUUUCCUGUGCUUAUGGCAGAUGAGGUCACUUCCUGCCGAGAACAAAGAAUCUCCAGCUCUCGUCACCGAUUGCUCAACCACACCCUCCGCUGAUGUCACUUCCUCUUCCCACUCUCCACCCAUGAGGGUUCUGAAUGAGGAGCCGGAGGAGGAGGAGGAGGAGGCGGGGCUUGAUUACCCCUCUGCAUUUGGAAGCUCCACCCCUUCUGAUGAUGACUUCUACAUGUUGCCGUUAGCGACGCGGUCCCGAACAGACGCCCCCAAGUCGUACUUCCCCCUGCGCCGCCUCAGCUCCCCGACCCUGUCGGCCCCUCUGUACCGGCCCAUGGACCGCCCUCGCGGCUCGUUGCCCUGCCUGCCCCACCUGCCCCGCCUCAGCUUCCUGUCCCGCACGCGGAGGGCUCUGGAGCGCCGCUGCACCGUGGCGGCCGACGCCUACCCCUACACCGAGCACAGCCGCCUCACCGGCCCUGCCCCUCCACCGCCCCCUACCUCCCAGGCUCCGCCCCUACUCUCAGCCACUUCCAGACUCAGUCGUCCCUCCCCAAUUAUGGCACCGCCUCCUCUGCAGCCCCCGCCCACAGACCCACCUCUUCCAUAA